AUGUCCGAAAGGGUAAACAAUUUAUUUUCUUGCUCAUUUGAAGAUUGGAAAAGGUACGUUUAGUUGAUAUUUUUAAUUUUAGAAUUUUAGAAAUUACCCCAGAAAAUAAGUAUUUUUCGCCAAAGAAACGAUUUUUACCAUGAAAGGAUAAUUCUUAGUUAGUAAAUAAGUAGUUUCGGGAUCAGGAAUAUUAAUGGUUUAUGCCGAUAUCCUUCAUUUCCAAUUUCUCGUGCAUGAUGUGACUCCGCAUGAUGUUAACUUACUAGGGAAGUGUACAAACGAACCCUCACCAAAUGAUAAGUGACAUAUGUCAUUGAAGAGCCCUUGAAAAAUGAUAGAAGACACCAUUUUCAUUUUUUGCAGAAUGACUUUCCGCGACAACAUACUGUAAAUUAUAUUAUUUUUAGGUCAUUCUGCAACAAAAAUCUUUCUUUCUCUUGGGCAGGAAAAAAUCCUCGGAGAGGGUUGCUUCAAUAGUGCAGUGGUUGCCGAGCAGGCUGAUAAGCCAAAGCAAGCCAGGUUCGGUUCCCAGCUUGGGCAAAAUCAUUUUUGCGUUCUUACAGUUAGGUAAAUAUUUGCGUUAAACUUUUACAAACGUUUUAAUUUUUCUGGGAGACGAUCGAUUACGGUUAAAACCAUCAAACUUACAUGUUUUUCAAGGUUAAAAAACGUGAAAAGUGUUUUUUCACGUUAUGGGUAUCUAAAACCAGUAAAUAUCAUAUGUAAAAUGGUUUUAUUGGCAAGCGCCAGACUUCAUAAUGAUUCUUAGGCCAACCUAAUGGUAAUACGUACAAUUUAGCGCUUUGAAAUAACAUUUAUUUUGCCUAAUAGAAGAUAUUGUAACUACUUAAGGGACAAAUCAACCGUUUAUAAUUUUUUGCCCUGAGGCAUUCUGCAAAAAUUGAAAAUGGUACCUUUCACCAUUUUUCAAGGGCUUUCCAAUGAUGUAUAACACUUGCCAUUUGGUGAGGGUUCGUUUGUACACUUCCCUAGUUAGACGAUUUCUUCAAGCCUAAGACCUCUCUGUUAAAAACUUUACAAAACUACGAACGGCUAUGGACAUUCGAAUCGAAAAUGUUUGUGCUUAUGCCUCCAUUAUUCACUUAAAAAUAUAACCUUUACUAAGUUACACUACUGCACAACAAAAGUUACUGCUAAAAAUAAUUUUAAGCCAACUGCUUCCUUAUUUACUAUAAAUUAUCCUUUUUGGGAGUUUUUUAAACUUCUAUUUUCUGGAGAAAAAUUUUUUUUCUGGACUAGACCAUUUUUCCCUUCAUUUACUUUAGGUUAAAACAAUUACUGGAUGCUUGUUCAAGUGCCAAAAAUAGGUGUAAUGAAGUGCAAACUGCAAUACAACAAUUAAUCAGUGAAAUCCCUUGUACCAGCGAAUGUGUAUGUUGUUCUUUAUUGAUUAUUUUUUUUUAGGUAUCACAGGUGCAGAAUAAGGAGAUUUUGCUAAGGGUAAAUAAAACUAAGUUAGAAGAAACCCGUAAUCAUCGAAGAGUUUUGUUGCAUUUACGAUUAAGAGAGGAUGAUUCUGUUCAAGAGUCGGGUGAGUGGAUAAUUUUAGAUUAUUUAUAUUAUUUUACAAGGCAUCGGCGAGGCGAAUACUUGCCACCAGAUUUCUUAACGAAACCUGUAUUAUUUGAAAGAGAAUUAAAAUUACGCGAGUGUUUUGAGUUUUUUUGAUUUUUUGAAACAACCAUAAAUUUGCUGGUAAUAGGAUGGGGGGAUAUUAUUACCGUAAAAUUAAAUGGGUGCCAUGUCAGUUCCUUGUCCGGGUAUGAUUAUUCAAAUUGAACAGAUAAUUUGAUGCAUUAUUUUUAAUGCUGCGUUAAAUGAUAUAGGUUUCGAUUAGGAACCUGGUGGCAAGUAUUUGCCGAUUCCUUGUUAGGUAACAAACGAAAAUUAUUAAACACGAGGCUGGAGGACAUGAAUGCAGCAAUUAUCCGAAAUAGCGAAAAAAUAAAAGACGUAUUGUAAGUUCUACUGCCGUUUAAAAGUUUUGCUUAGAGAUGAUUUGAGGAAGUUUAAAAACGAAUUAAUUUAUCGAAGAAGAUUUAUGCUCGAUGACCUUUACAUGGUCUAUUUUGUGGACGACUGUUAUAUGCGGUACUUUAAAAAAAAGUGUAAUUGUAUAAAGUAUGAUCUUAUUUAUGGCCUUCAUUUGCCAUCUGUACCCGAAAAGAAUGGUAAGUCUGAGUUGUUUUAUCAUUAUUUUUUUCUUUUAGAACAUUCUGAUAACGAAAUCUGUGCUUCAAUUUCUCAUCUUGUGAAUCUUUUGAUCUGUGUAUCCAAGAUCUGUGAUUACCCUCUGAAAUACCCGGUCAUCUUUAAGGGAUCCAGCUCUUCUAUUAUAAAGCGAUCAACCGGGGAUAUAUUUGAAUUCCAAUUACUCAUCCUCAAGAAUCGUACAAAGUUUGUGGAAGCACUCAGGUUUCUUUCUGAGAAUAUAGUACAAUUUCGAGCAGACUGUGGGCUGCGAACAACCGAACCAGAACGGAUAAUACCUAAUCUGAGAGAGACGCUGCUGUCUUGUGUCGGCAGAUAUGCGUGGGUCCAUUUAUUAUCUUAUUUUUGUUUUAGACCCUCUUUUGAUUUUAUUCGCCCCAAUAUGGAGUUCCGAUCAGUGGCUUCUCUGAUUCCUCUUAAUCUGAAUCCAUCCAAUAUUCGAAACAUGAAGGCCACUCCCCCCAAACCUCGGAAUGAAUUUUCUGCCACCUCGAUCCUGGAUGUAGUUACCGCCAGUCCCUCUAAUUUUAUAACAGCAAGGGCCAAGUAG